GUUUUAAUUUUACACUGCAGUGAAAUGUUUCCUAUGCAGAACCUGCUACAAAAUGUCACAAUGUGGCUGUAAAGGUAUUCGCACCUGUCUUGUCUGUGAAAAAGUAGAAAGACAAAAUGAGACCGAAAAGAAGUGCUCAAGAAAAAUUCACAGUUUUUGUGACCUCUGCAACAUGGCUUAUGUAGGAGGCACAGCUGAUGAUCAUCCUAAUCACCAUGGAAACACUUUAGAAUUCCCAGGGAUUUUUAUUCAGAGAGAUUUUAUAUCACCAGAAGAGGAAUCAGAUAUUUUAGAACACAUCUACAAAAGUCCUUUUGUGGAAUCUCAAUCUGGGAGGCGAAAACAGGAUUAUGGCCCAAAAGUAAAUUUCAAAAGAAAGAAAAUCAAAUCAGAUGUGUUCACUGGACUGCCAGAUUUCAGCAGAGUGCUGUAUAAAAGAAUGAAAUCAACGGACAUUUUAAAAGAUUUCGAACCUGUGGAACAAUGCAACCUAGAAUAUCUGCCGGAGCGGGGAUCAUCAAUUGACCCACAUUUUGAUGACUUCUGGCUCUGGGGGGAGCGGCUAGUGACCUUGAACUUAGGGUCAGACACUAUACUUUGCAUGACCUCAUCAGAUUAUCCAGAUAUAAGUGUCCACAUACCGUUGUUUCGUAAUUCUUUGAUCGUGGUGUAUGGCCCGGCUCGACACGCUUGGAUGCAUGGAAUUCACAGAUGUGACAUCACAGGGAAAAGACUUGCCAUCACUUACAGAGAACUGUCAGCAGAAUUCCAAGCAGGAGGCGAAAAAGAACAAGUGGGACAGAAUCUGCUGGACAUUGCUUUGACCUUUGAUGGAGUGUCUGUUGGUUCCUUGAAAGUGUCGUGACAAAUGUUUCUUUUGUUUAAAAAAAAAAAGAUUAUUGUAAAAAUAAAGAAGAAAAGGGUAAAUUAGUACGUAA